AUGGGCACCUUCUCGGCAGUAUUUGCAGUACUUCUGGAUCUGUCAUAUACCCUUCUCGUUACAGGCUGUUUCACACUCUACGUACUGGGUAUCGCGUUGUACAGGCUCUACUUCCAUCCCCUCUCGAAGUACCCCGGUCCUUUUCUCUGGAAGAUAUCCCGGCUGCCACACGCCUGGUAUUGCUGUACAGGGAGGAUUGCAUACAAGAUUACGGAUUUUCACGGGAUUUAUGGACCCAUAGUACGAAUUGCCCCCGAUGAGUUGAAUUUUAUACUCGAAGACGCAUGGCAAGAUAUUUACGGAAAGCCACUUCCACGAAACAGUCAGCUUAGAAAGGACCCUGAUCAGUUUGUUGCGAAUCCUGAUGGACCCCUUGGUCUGCUACUGGAGCCCAGCGAUGAAAUUCAUGCAAGACACAGACGUAACCUCGCCCCGGGGUUUUCCGAGAAGAUACUGCGAGUACAAGAGCCCCUACUGAACAAAUACUUUGGUCUUCUGAUCCAAAGACUUCGAGAGAACUCUGGUAGUCCGGUCGACGUGGCCCAGUAUUACGAGUUUGCUACGUUUGAUAUUGUGGGCGACUUGACAUAUGGAGAGUCCUUCGAUUGUCUCGAGAAGUUGGAGGUACAUCUCUGCCUCAAACUCCUCCAUACAGCAGGAAAAGCAAUUGCUAUCCUCGGUAUAAUGCAAAAGUUCCACCCACUAGACAAGAUAUUCCUAGCUAUAUUUGCACGCAUCGCCCGGAAAGACGAAACAAUCUUUCGAACACUGACGAGGGAAAAGCUGCUCAAACGACUCGAGCUUCCGGAUCCUCGCCCAGACUUUAUCGCCUAUGUACAGAGGCAUCUGGAUUCAGCCGAGGGGAUGACGUUCGGUGAAAUUUCCGAGACGUGUGGCGUCCUCCUAGCUGCGGGAUCGGAAACUACAGCAAGUCUGCUCACAGCGGUGACAUUCUACCUGACAACCCACCCUUCCAUCCUCAAGAAUCUUACCACCGAGAUCCGAAACGCCUUCAGGUCCGAGUCUGAGAUCACCAUAGUCAGCGUGAACCGUCUCGAAUACCUCCUCGCCGUCCUCAAUGAAGCCCUGCGCAUACACCCCCCCGUGGGAGGCAACCUGGUUCGGAUUACUCCACGCGAGGGAUGCAUGAUCGCUGGCAGAUUUAUCCCGGGAGACACGCAUGUAGCCAUCAACCACUGGAGCGCCUCACAUUCUCCCUUGAACUUCACGAGGCCCUACGAAUUCAUCCCCGAGCGCUGGAUGGGCUCCUUGGAAUUCAGAGACGAUAAGAGGAGGGUAUUCAAUCCUUUCAAUGUUGGCCCCAGGAACUGUAUCGGGAGGAACCUGGCGUAUGUUGAGAUGAGGGUUAUCCUCGCCAGGAUGGUCUACAACUUCGACAUGGAACUUUGCGAGCAGAGUAAGGGGUGGAAGGAUCGACAGGUUAUGUACUUGCUGUGGGAAAACUGGAGGCCAUUGAUGCUGAAGCUGUCACCGGUGGCUAGAUGA